AUGCAGCCACCACGGUCAUCUGCUAUGAAUGCACAGCCACAAGUACGUCGUGACAGCCAGCUAAUACGGGAGGUGUUGUCCUUCGGCGGCGGGAUCCCGCACUGGCAGAUGGCCACGGUCAGAGAACUAGAUCUCGACGGCGGAAGCGAGCUGCAUCCAACUGGAGGCUCCUUGUUCAGCGACGACCUGUGUGCAACAAUGGAUGGAAAUGGAUACUUUUCUAGCAUGAUGAGGGAUGACAACAGUCAAAGAGAAUUUGAUACUCAUAGCAACACAUGCCCUGAACUACAGUCACAAUCAAUGUCAGUUUGUCCAGUAGCCCCCAACGCAGGACCGAACAAUAAGAGGUCCAAAAAUUUCAGUGAUGACGAAGAUGAAGUUUUAGUAUCGGCGUGGCUCAAUAUUAGUUUGGAUCCUAUUGUGGGCAAAGAUCAAAAAGGUGGUCGGUAUUGGUCUCGUAUAUUCGAAUACUUUCAUGAACACAACAAGUGCCAGUCAAAGCGUACACUUAAUUCUCUAAUGCACCGAUGGGAGACAAUUCAGAAAUGUGUCAACAAGUUUUGUGGAUGUCUAACACGAAUUGAGUUAAGACGUCAGAGCGGUACUACAAUGCAAGACAUGGUUGCACAGGCAUGUGCUUUGUACAAGUCUGAAGAUGAGCAUAAAAAAUCUUUCCAGUUCAUGCAUCGUUGGAACAAGCUGAGAACACAACCUAAAUGGUUAGCUAAACUUGAUGAUUUAGCUUCUGGUAGAACAUCAAACAAGAAACAGAAGACACAACCAAAUGUUGAUGGUACUGCAAUGGUACCAAAUGAAAAAGGAGAUAAUGAAGUUCAAGCUGGAGAGGAUCAAGCUUUGAUUAGGCCAACUCGCAAGAAAAAGUCAAAAGCAGCAAUUAUACAAGAAAAGAGAAAAAGUGUGACAACAACUUUAGAAAACAUGUGUGCACAAAAGAAAGACACUGAUGGGGAGAAGGAAGUUAAAAAAGAGGAGAGAUUCAAUAAAGCAUUUGCACUAGAACAGGAGCGAGUUACAAAUGAAAAGCUCCUUCUGGAGGUGAGGAAAGAAGAGGUCGAACUGCGGAAACAACAGAUAGAAUUGCAGAAACAGAGGGAUGAAGAGAGAAUUAUGACCCUAGAUCUUUCUGCUAUGCCAGAAGAGCUAAGGAGAUACUAUAUGGGCUUACGGGCUAAGAUCAUGAGAAAUGAAGAUACACCUUCAACUUAG